AUGACGUCAACUACGGGAUUUAACUCUAGCAAACUUACUAACCAAGCAAGCGAUAAUGAUGAGAAACAACGGAAACGAAGAGAGCAGUUAGCUGCCUGGCGACAGAAGAAGCAGCAAGCUCUACUUGAUAAAAAACAGGCGGUGCUGAAAGUAGAAACAGAACCGGAAGAUGAAGAUGGAGAAAAAAAGCGACUUAGACAACAGAGAAUUGAAGAGUGGAAAAGGGCUCGAUUACAAAAGGAAAAGGAAAAGGAAAGCACCAUCUUGGAGUCGCAGCCGCGUUUGAGGACGUCCAUUACGUUGUUAAAAAAGCCUUCUUCUUUCGGUAAAGGAAAGACCAACUUGCAGAGGAAGAGAGUAAUAUUAGCAGAUAAUGAAGAAGAAACUGAAGUUUUGAAGAAGAAGAUUCCACGGUUUUCAAAUGGCAGUUUUGAAAAGAGUUCAAACGGAAAAAUUGAGACUCUUGAUAACGACGAUAAUAACGCUGAUGAACUUGAUAAUUUUAUGGGAUUGCUAAAUAAUGAAGAAAAAGGGCAGCAUUCUCGCGGUAUAGAUAAUGACAUGAUUGCAGACGAAGACGAAGAUGAAGGUGAAGAUGUAUACGAAAAAGAAGUUCUCGAUAAUGAAGACGAGAUUGAUAAAAUUCUCAGCACAAAGUUGACCAAGUUGCGGAACGUUGGGAAAGAGUUGAAAGAGAUUGACCAUGCUUCUAUUGAUUACCCGCUGUUUAGCAAAAACUUUUAUCAAGAACCAUUUGAAAUAAGAAAUAUGAGCCAACAAGAAAUUGAUAUGGUGAGAUUAGAACUCGAUAAUAUCAAAGUAAGAGGAAAACAUAUUCCAGCACCAUUCACAAAAUGGUCCCAGUUAUUAGUUCCAGAGAACCUUUCAUCAACGGUCAAUGAAGAUUUUGGGUUUGUCAAACCAUCUCCUAUACAAAGUCAAGCUAUUCCAAUAAUACUUUCUGGGCGAGACAUGAUUGGUGUUGCCAAGACUGGGUCCGGAAAAACAUUAGCAUAUGUAAUCCCGAUGUUACGACAUGUGCAAGAUAGACAAAUUUUGAAUUCUGGGGACGGUCCAACUGCAUUGGUACUAAGUCCAACAAGAGAGCUUGCCUUACAAAUCGAACAAGAAGUUACUAGAUUCAAAAGGAAUUUAAAUUUCAAAGUGUGCUGUUGCUAUGGUGGAGCUAAUAUUGAGAGCCAAAUAACUGAACUAAAACGAGGGGUUGAUGUAAUAGUUGCUACUCCAGGUAGAUUGAUAGAUUUGUUAGUAGCAAACAGUGGCAGAGUCACCUCUUUGCGAGGAACAACUUUUGUUGUUUUGGAUGAGGCGGACCGAAUGUUUGAUAUGGGGUUUGAACCACAGAUUCAAAAAAUCUUUUCGCAAAUAAGACCUGAUAAGCAAACCGUAUUAUUUUCGGCAACGUUCCCGAGAAAAUUGGAGACGCUUGCUAAGAGAUGGCUUCAAGAUCCAAUUGAAGUGAUUGUCGGAGGAGUGGGUGUUGUUGCAACGGAAAUUACGCAGAAUGUUGUUAUGCUUGAAGGACCAAAUGAAAAGAUGGCAAAACUUCAAGAGCUUCUUACUGAACAUUCUGAUGAAAAAGUACUUGUUUUUGUUGAGAAACAAAUUGAUGCAGACAAGUUAGUGUCUAGUCUUUUGAGAAUGGGAUUUCCAUGUUUGGCCAUUCAUGGAGGUAAAGAUCAGAUUGAUCGGCAACAUGCCGUAAAAGAAUUUGCUGAUGAAAGUAGUGGGGUCAGUAUAUUGGUAGCAACUUCGAUUGCAGCUCGCGGACUAGAUGUCAAGAAUUUAAGCUUAGUUGUCAAUUUUGAUCCACCUAGCCAUCUUGAAGACUACGUGCACAGAGUUGGAAGAACUGGUCGAGCUGGUGCGAGAGGGGAGGCAUUCACAUUUGUAACGAAAUCACAAGAGAAAGAAAUCAGCAUCAUAGUCAAGGCUCUAAAGAUGAGUUCAAUUAAGGUGGAAACUGAAUUACAGAGUAUUGCCGACCUGUUUGGUAAAAAGCUUGAAACAGGCGAAGAAAAGAGGUCGUUUGGAUUCGGGGGCAAGGGAUUGGAUAAGUUACAAAGCAUACGAGACACCAAGAUUCAAAUGCAAAAGAAAAUGUAUGGAACUUUUGACCGUGAUGAAACUGAGAAAAACAAUGAGACUGAGCUGGGCACGGCAACCGCUGCCGCUACCGCUGCUACCGCUGCUGCCGUCGCUGCUACAGUAAUGCCAUCUUUCGAAGUAAUUGAGGGAAACUCACCUGAAACAUCGGGUCCUGAUAAGUGCAAAUUUUACAGUAGAAUCACAAUCAAUGAUCUACCGCAAAAAGUUAGAUGGAAGAUUGUUCAAAGAGAAAGCUUGUCUAAAAUCAUUGACACAACAAAGACUUCAAUUACUACGAGGGGCCAGUAUUACUCGCCUCUGUGCAAGCAACUUCCUACGAGUGAUAAACCAAAACUUUACUUAUUAGUUGAAGGUCUAACGCGACAAGCAGUUGAAGAUGCAAUCGCGAUAAUCAGGGAAAAAAUGAUUCAAGGCAUACAAAAUAUGAGCUUGGAAGAUCAAACAGGAAGGUAUGUUGUUUGA